CAUCAAAACGAGCAUCCCUCUCUGUGUUUUGUCAUAACAGUCAACUCAGACACUUUAGAAUGUGUGAGCCCAGUCCACCUGCUCUUCAUCCCCACGCCAAGGGCAAUGUGACCAUGGUGGGUGUUGGUAUCAAGCUUGAAGACGACGAAUCGGGAGGUAGAGUCAUCAACCGAGAAUCCCAGCAGUCCUCUCCAGUCAGUGAUUGGUCAGUUCGGCAGCUGUCGGACAGAGACGACUUUGAGAAGUCAGCGCCCCCUAAUGCACAAUCUCCUUUGGAGAGUUCUCCCAGUAAAGAAUCAAUACGAUCAUACAUAUCUGCCAGUCAAGAUGGAGGCAGCAGAGCUCAUGAUAAGACUGACAGCAAGCCUAAUGUCAGUGAGGUGAUGCCCACUAUUGAAAAGCUUCUGAAUACGGACUGGAAAGAAAAGUUCUUCGGGCAGGGUCUUCAGGGCAGUGUCAACCUAAAAGGAACCCCAGAGAGUCUGGCAGAGAAGGAGCUUCAGUUGUUGUUGAUGAUAAACCAGCUCUCUGGUCUGCGAGAGAAAAAGCAGUGUUAUUUGAAAUCGGGCUACGCAUGA